AUGAAGGUAGACAGUGCUCUUCUCGACUCUGAAAUCUCCUUUGAAGAGAUAUAUGAGAGACAUUCCCACAGCAAGGAAGAUUCUGCAAGUGUUCCUAUUGAUUUUCGGAGGAUGCUGUGGUUAGAAUCAGCACAAGAACCUAAGGAUUAUGUUGCUACCAAAAAAGAAGCCAUGGAAUUAACACAAGAAGCCCUGAGCUUUUAUCUUCAGAAUAAGGUGGAGCUGAGACAAAGUAAAGUCUCCAAGACUGUGGAAGAGGUGAAGAAAAUCAUCCAUCAAUUGACUUCAGUAAUCAGUCUCAAAGACAUUAGAUUCCAACCCAUUUCUAAAUCAGACUUUUACAAUGACAACAUAAAGGUUUUGGCACCUAAUCAGUUCCUCAUCACAGUCCCUCUUAAAGGACUGGUUGGGUAUAAAAAACAGCAGAACCGAAGGUGGCGGUAUUAUUCCUUGAGUGGCUCUCCCCAGGUCUCUCCAGUUCGGGAUCCUGAAGAUUUGUACCAAUGGCUGGAAGUAAAUCAGUUUUUGAAGUCUCUGCAGCAGUGGCAUGAAAUGGAUGUGAUUAUAGAAGGAGACAUCAUACCAGCAAAGGUCCUUCAAGUGUUCCGGAAUCUCGUGGAUAUCUCAAUUAAGACCUGCAGCCUCACUAGUAAAGCCAACCUACUAGACUCUUAUGGCUCCACAGUUCGACUAGAGGUAGAGACAUCAGUGUGUCAGGUAGAGGUAGAAUUGGUACCUGUGGUAGAGAUCUUCAACCAAUGGUGUGACAAGGCUCGGUGGCCUCGAUGUUUGAAGCGGUGGCCUUCUCGGGAGAAAACAGAAUGCAUCAAGUCAAUUGGGUUUAGCCUAAUGGCUUGCUCCAGUUUCCACUGGCAACUGAAUUUCUCUCAAGCUGAGUAUAUACUGAUGGAGGGGAUAGAUGAGGAUGGUGGUUGCCGAAAGACAUGUUUCCAGGUCCUGAGGCAGAUGAAAGAGGAUGUUUGGUGUCCCGGAAACAAGCCUAUCAUCACAUCUCAGCAUCUUAAGAUGGUGCUGUUUUGGACUUGUGAGAAGUACCCACAUGCCAAAGACUGGAAAAUUUUCACAGUAUCCUUUCUGCGCCUGGUCCGUAAGCUGCACAAGUGUGUGUCUCAGCACUUCUUGAAACACUACUUUGUCAAUGGACACAACAUGUUUCAGUAUGUCAGCAUAAAUGACUUGGAUGCCAUAGCCCAAAAGCUGACCCUUUUCCUAGAGAAUCCUGUAUUCUGCUGGACCUGA